AUGUACAUAAUAAUCCGCUACCGAUCGCGCCCUGCCUUUAGCUUUCCUUCAACACGUCUUGUUCACCGCCUCACGGCCACCACCAGCAACAGCAUGGAGUCCAAGCAGCCAAUCAGCGAGCAUCAUGAAGGGAUGAGCAACCCCCACGCCGUUACCUCUCAACCGCCCCCGGCAGCAGACGCAUCAGCAGCCAAUCAAACGGACCAUAUGGCCCACCUGUCCGUCAUUGACAAUGCGGAGACCAAUAACGGCCUGGGUCAUGCCAUGGGGGACGCGUCUCCCACGGUGUCCUCAAUGUCGCCCAAGCUCCACGCGGCGGGCGGCCAUGCUAACGGCCGGCCCGGUCUGAGCAGCCGUUCGGGGUCCAUGGCGGGCUCCCCCCGGCCCUCCCUCACCCGCCGGCCCAGUGGCAUCACGGAGGCUGCUGUGGACGGGUCCAAGCCCCGCGACUACCUGUUCCUCGCCAUUCUGUCCUGCUUCUGCCCGCUGUGGCCCAUCAACAUCGUAGCCCUCACCUUCUCUGUCAUGUCCCGAAACAGUCUGCAGCAGGGCAACGUGGACGGAGCUCGCCGUUUAGGCCGCAACGCCAUGAUUCUGUCUGUGGUCGCCAUCUUGGGAGGGAUCGCCAUCAUCGCCGCGGCCAUCGCCCUCAACUGGGGAUUAAUUUUAAAAUCCUGAUAAAAAAAUAAAAUAAUGGCGACACCGACUGCACGACAACAUCCGACCAACACGACUCCGUUUCCCCUCCCCGAACUUCCUGAAUCAUUUCUCCAGCGCCUGCACCAGAUGAAAAACUAAAUCUGUUCCCUGCUAUUGUUGCUGCACGACGUCGACGAGCAUGGACACUCCCCCGACACCCACGCCUCGAUUUGGAUUAGGAGAAAAGUGUGGGUCACCUGAUGUUCAUCUCACCCUGUGGUCCACAAGGACAUCUGGGAUAUAUGAGCCUCCAUGCAACAAGUCCAGCGAUGGUGCAAACCUUCUGAUUCUUUUAUGCCAAAUAUUUGAAGACUUGGUGUUCUUGGUGAACUGAAAGAGGGAAUGCUGCUGCUGAUGGUCCGGCAUGAACAUGAAGACCAACUUUAAGAGUAUUCAUAGAGAGAGAGAGACUCGUGUUUCAUCAUCCAGAUCUUCCUGCUGCUGUUCAUGGUGCACAAACAUAAAGUCGACACACUCAUAGAGAGUCCUGACGUCACAACUUAGCAGCUGUUUACUAAAACAACGUUCACGUUUUCUUCUCUUUCUGUAUUCCAAUAUAAAGGAAACUGCUAUCUAAUACAGUUAUAGGCCUAUUCAAAUAUAUACCAUUAGUUGUUUCAACAAAGUGAAAGGAUAAAGAGGGAGUUAUCCCCGGUGUCAUGCAGAGACCCAAACACAAAUCCACAACACAAAUAUAUAAUAAAGUAUGAGUAAAGUGUAUGAGAAAAAAAACUGCAUAUGAUAUUUUGCGAAAAGCGUUUCCUCCAAAAAAUAUCCAGGAAAUGAUUUCAAUUGAAAGUAGCUUCAUCCACAUCAGUCUUGGUCAGAAACAAGUUGGUUAGUUUUAGGUGAAGGGUGUAAAAUAACAGAAGUUUUGAUAACAAAUAAAUGAACAUUGACUUCUGGUUUACAAGGGACAAAAAUGACUGUGCAUUAUUCAUACCAACGGCCACAAACAGUGUAGGGGAAAAGGCGUUUUGGGUUUGGAGAUUCUUUUGUAUUUGACGUUUUACAUCUUUUUAUUGGAGUUUUCUGCUUUCUUGUUGACGUUUUUCGGCUCUUUGUUGGCGUUUUAUGUUUCUUCUUUGGCUUUUUGCGUAUAUUUGUUGAGAUCUUGACUCACUUUGUGGCCAUUUUGCGUCUCUUUAUUGACAAUUUGUAUAACUUUUUCUGUGUUUUACGUCUCUUUGUUGGCAUUUGCAUCCCCUAUUAUUUCAAAGCAUUCACAUACAAGAGUAUGUUAAUUCCAAAAAGUUAUUCUUCAUUUUACGUGCAUUCUCCUACAAAUGUCCAGUAAAACAAACCGCUUGUUACAUACAUUUGGUACUCAAAGUAAAAUGUUGUUUUCACGAAAAACCGAAUGUUUAGGUUGAGGAAAAGAUUGUGAUUUGGGUGAAAACAACUACUGGAAGUGGUGUUACAUGACUGUGGAAGUUACGUUUACAAUUAAAUCAACUUUGACUUCUGGUCCACCCCGACCUCCUUACCAGGAGGACUUUGUCAAAAUUGCAAAUUAAUUUUCUGGGAAACUAACCAAUUACAGUGCAUUACUUUUUGUAUAGAUACAAACAACAACGCUGUGCCAGACACAGCUGUUGUUUCUGUUUCUUUCAAUGUUUGUAUGCUAAUUGUGAACUGGGUGGGGGCUUUGAGGAAAUAGGCUGUUGUUAUGGAUCUAAAUCAUCUCUUAUAACCUGUGCAUGUUUACAAUAUGUAUAACAGAAUGCUUUUACAUAAUACCGUAGCCUCAUUUAACAAGAGCGCUAACUGAGCAGCACUUUGUAAAUACAUAAUACGGGAAUUGUGUUAUGUCUACCUGGUGUAGAGAGGUGCAGGAAUUACUUAUUUGAGUGGUACAAACCUUGAAUUGAGCAUUUCCCUGGUUCCUUCCACAAAGAGCUAAUUGGAUAUUUUCAUUGGAUUGUGGAAUAUUCCAGAAACAAUUAUCUGUGGAAAACCUACAUUUAGGAUACCUACAAUUUUUUUUAGAAAGGAUAAUCUCCACAUAUUAAUAGAAAUUCAAUCUCCAGAAGAAAAUGUUAUGAACAAAGUACGGCACGGUCACUUGACAUCACCAGCGCCAAGCUAAAGGUGGCUAAUGUUCGGCUGGAUGAGAUUUACUAGUCUCAUUCAGCCACCUGUUUUCAACUGCGGUUUCAAAGACACAAAGAAUCCUCAGAAAUUGACGAGUAGGUUAUAUUAUGACGCAUUUAAAGUUGGAAGACUAAACGGUAAAAUCUCUUUCGCAUUUUUGAACCACAAACCUUAUUUCAGGGUUCUGACCAAAUGCACUUCCAGAGAAGGGAUCAGGAAGUGCUAGAAUGCUAACUCAUUUCAGGGUUUGAGGACUCAUUCCUGCAGCACGCUAUUGAUAUCCAAAUGUUUUCUCUUCCUUACGGAUGUAACUGACCAACAAAUAAAUCCCCACCAAGAUUGCACAAGAGGGAUUUAAAAAAAAGAAGGAAGCAGAUAAAUGUUGAACUUUGCACCAAUCAGAAGGCGUCUCUGCGUAGAGGUGAGGUCUGAUGUGGUCAGGUUGGGGGAGGAAGGUAAAGUUGCCUCACAUCUUCACACUGUAUGUAGCAUGUUUACUAACCACAUUAUGCAAAACAACGGUCCCGGCUUGAUUGUCAGUACGAAUGCUAGCUUCCCUCAGUUUAUUGUGUACUUGUACACGGUUGUGUAUGGACUUUGCUUGCGCUACCUCUCAGAGUUGCCUACAGUGUUUUAUCACGUUGUUCCACUGAUUUUAACCGACUGUUAAAUCUAUUUGUGUUCCUUUUUUCACUUACUAACAUACUAAUAAUGGUAUUAACAUGAAGGGUGUUAAAUGUGAACACAUUCCCAGAAAUCUGUAAUUCAACUGGUACAAUUUCUGUGACCAAAAAAUAUAUGUAUAUAAUAAUACAUAUAUUAUAUAAUGAUAUAUCUAAUUUUACACAUGAAAUGAACAGUUCUGAGGAAGAUUUUCAGCAUGUAUCAUUUGUUUUGUUCCUUAUUGGCCAUUUUCCAAAAAGGAUGCACAUUCAAUUACCAAGUGACAUACAAAUAAUAAUCAUAUCUACUUUUUAAAGUAUUAACCCUGAGAUGCAUAAGUGGGUCCUUUUUUACCCGG